AUGCUCCCACCAAUUGACAACUCCGUCCUCGAAAACAAUCCCCAGUUCGCCAACCUCUACAAGGGUCUAACAGAGCUGCUCCUCAAUGGAGAUGGUUCAACCAAGCUUCCUCCCCAAAACUCAGUGGCUCAGGAACGCAAAUCUGUCACUGAUGAACUCAAUAAACACCGACUUAAAGCUGCCGAAGAAACCCUCCUCAUCCACGCGCUUUCAACCACCGGUCCUGAUCCCGUGCCUAUCCUCAUUCCGGAACGAGACUCCUACCAGUCCGGCCAGAGACCUUCGAUAUCAGGUGGUCUCCCAGUUCAACGCCGCUUCGAAAGACCAUGGCUUAGCCAACAAUCACCAGUUACUGUUCCGCCCAACUUGAAACAACCACUCACCGACCUUCUUCUUCUUUUGCCGUCCUUUCUUGCUUUGGACUUCUCCUCUUCAUCUCCUGAACAACCACUAGACGCCGAGACCCUCUCACUAAUCUUGACCUCGCCUCCUCUUUCUCAACUCCCUUCCCUACUUCCCUACCUCGGCCCUCUUCUUUCACAAACCCUCCACGCCCGCGCUUCGGAACUCACCAACAUAAUCCGCCUCGCCCACCCCUCAAUAACCAACUCAACUCCUUCUACCACUACCACCGGCACCCCCAACCUAUCCUCUACAUCCCGCCUCAUCCCCCACCUCCCAAACAAAAUCUCAACCCUAACAACCUCCACCUUACCAAACCUGCACACCACCCUCCUAAAAUCCCGUCUCACCACCUCCUCGAAUAUCACCACCCUCCUCGCAAAAUACACCCUCGCCCUAUCCAGCCUCAUCAAAACCCUCGAAGCAAAACACGGUCCUAUAGCGCGCUCUCUCGAAUUUAAGGCAUCUGAGACUGCGCUGUUAUCCCGAAAAGCUGAAAAGGAAUGUGAAUUGGCUUUGUUGGGGAUUAGGAGGGAGGUGUAUACGCCUGAGGUCAGGAGGGCUUUGGUGGAAUGUGGGGCGUGGUUGCGGGGGGAGGAGAGGAGGUUGAGGGAGGAGGUGGAAAGGGGGAGGGGUUGUUGA